GGAUGAAGGAAGCGACAAUUUGAUUUAAAGAUCCUCAGACGUUCUGGCCUUCUGUAGAUUUAGAUAUCGGAAAAACUUUAAAUUAUGGUGAAACAACUUCUAGUACACUCUCACUCUAGAUCGGGGGUUUGUCUGUAGUUGCUCAGCGACAAAUGAUAUCACAUAAUCAAAUAUCCCAAGUUUUGGCUUUAUUGGCUAAAUCUAGAUUUAACCUACUUUCUCUUCCUUUUUCAUUGAUUAGUAUAAUAGUCCAACGAAGACAAGACAACUUAAAGCGUAACUUUUAUCUUCGGUUGGCCCUAUUCUGAGUUCUUUUUUGUGCAGGAUGGCCGCUAUGCCGAUUGGGGGUUUCUCUGUUGUCGGCGAUCUUCCCCCGCCAAAGCGUAUGAAAUUGGCCACGUCAGCUGAUACUUUAAGUGCCCGUGAGUUAGCCGAAGGAAAGACCCCUGAGCAGCGUCAACCGUCAAACAAGAAGAGCCAAGUCGAGCGACAUCAACAAGGUAGUCUUCAAGCUAGUGAUACUCUCGACUCAAAAACCGCUCAAGCGCCAGCAAAAGAACCCCAACAGGAAACCGGCCAGAAUAUGGAGUUGCUAAGCAGUGUGGACGUGCUGGCUGCGCGCAAGACUGUCAAAAACGAUAAUGUCCACGACAUCGCUACAUCAACAACAGAAGCAAAUCAAACAUCGUCCUCUAGUACCUAUGCUCUCUUUAACGGGAAAAAUAAGACGAGCGCUGAACUCGCUUCAUCAGCACCAGCAGCAGAGCAGCACAAAAGUGCUAAAACGUCACCGACCACCAGGCCAGAAGACCUAUUUGCUAAAUCAGGGUCGGCAGCACUAGAGGCAGAGACGAAAAAUGAGGCCCUAAUGGUUGUGGAGGAUCCUCCAAACGUUGAUGAGGCCAUAUAUCACAUCUCCAAUGCAGCCUACGUGGGUCUGGAUUUUGAGUUCACGGGCCUCUUCGUUGAAGGCGGGGAACGCCGACGCUUUAACAAAGGCUUUGAACAGUACUGGCUUGCGUGUAGUGACGGAGCGCAAGUUUUCGCGCCUAUUGAGAUGGGCAUUUCAUGCUACAUGGAGCCCGAAGAGGACGAGGGUGAUGCUGAAGAUGCGGAGCAACAGAAAAAUGUUGAAUCUCAAAAGGACCAGGGAGAGCAGAAAGUGCGUCCGGGUGGCACCUUCCACACCUACUGCUGGUAAAAUUACAUACUUACGUAGUGUUUCUACUACUAGUAGCAUUAGCAAAUCGUUAUGAAUGUUGCUGACUGUUUUUGUUGGCCAUGAUAGUUUCUUUAAGUCGAAGUCCAAAAACUAAAUCUUCAACACCAGCAUGAAAAGAGUCAAAAGAAACUAUAACGUGUAAUCGCUUCACUUCAACACGCCUUUGAAUCUGCAAACUCAGGAAAAUAUCACCGGAUCGCAUUUUUUCUCUGGAGAAGGGCGCUCUCGCUUUCCUGCGCAAUGUGGCAAACUUCAGUCUUGAUAGCUGGGCGGAUACUAAGGUCACUGUGAAGAGAGCUGCUUGCCUCGAGGGUUACGAACGCACGAAUGAUGUGGAACGCAUUGUCCACGCCCUAAUCUAUCGUCCCGAGUACCGUUUCCGUAAUCAAGAAGAUUCUACAGCUUCGAAUUCGGGCACAUCAGAUGAAGAUGUAGUUGUCACCGGAAAUGGUAGCGAGCCAAACAGUCGGGGGCCCACACCGGGCAAACCUCGUCCAGUGGCUGUCGAUGAAUCUACUGGAGCAUCAGUAUCUUCGGUUUCAGCACCAUCUCGAGGAGCAGGGUUGGCGCCUGCUCCUGUCGGCGCAACUCCUGCUAAGAACUACACCACGACCUCAAGUAGUAUCGCCGCUGCUGGUACAGUCUCUUCAAGAACAAAUCAAGUCGAAGCUAGCGACGAAGAUCAGACAGGAGGUCCUGUUCCCCCUCAGAUAUUGAAUCCUUCCGGUGAUGCUGAGAAUGGACACGAGGGUUGUACUAGCAGCCCGAGUCGGAGAACUGGCGGUGGCAUGCAUUACGACUGCUCACCGAGGAAAGACCAAAGUGGAAAUCGCAACCGGGACCCACCGCCCACUCGUUUAAUCGUUCAUCACGGAAUAUUUGACCUACUGCAUUUCUUCCACACCUUUAUCGGCGACCUCAGCACGAUUGAAAGCAUCCCAGACAUGCAAAAAGAAUGGAAAUCUCUAGUCGGCAACAGACUCGUUCUCUACGAUACGCGACACAUCAUGAGAGCUGGUAUUAUUGACUUCAUUCACGACAGUUCAUUUCGAUUUCACGCACUUGAUUUGUUGUAUAAAGCCAUAUCCUAGGCUUACAAGCCUAAGAACCUACUUAAUCUGGCUAAUAUUUGGAAAUACUUGAUGAAUCAGUAGCACUUCUCUAAUCUCCCGCUACCUGUAGCUUUGCCUCGAGUCUCCUUUACAGAUUUUUUUUAGUCUUCAAGUUUCGCCUGGUCUUCACCAUCGUUUUCCUUAUUUACCAUCCAUCCAGGUCGCAAUCAUAUCUUCAAGUACCGGGAUGCGGGUAUGAGUCUUGGAGUACUGUAUGACUUCUUUUGUCCCGACGAGCCAGCACAGAAGUAUCAUUUUGCAGGUGGUGAUGCGGAAAUGACAGCCCGUGUAUUUCGCAAGAUGCUGGAGAAGUCUAUAGAGCAUGGUGCGAAGAACAGCGAUGACGUGGCCAAAUACCCUGAACUGUUCGGCAAGAUCAAAGAUGCAACUCCUGGUAUUAACAGCGCAGCUAGUGGAGCUUGUAGUUCAUCGAUGAAGAAGAGUUCAAAAAAAGCAACUUCGUCUGGCAAGAAGAAAAGAACAACAAGAAAGUAUGGAGGCGGCGCUGGCAAGAAGCGAUCAAAGAAAAAGAGUAAGUCCGAUCGCAAAGAACGCAAGGCUUCGGCAGAAGACGCUGAAGAUGGUGUCGCUAGCGCAAACGAAGGAGAUGAAGACGACGAGAGCAGCGAAGAGGAGGAGGAAUCCGACGACGAGCCUCAGCAACCAACAGUCGAGGAUCAGUUACAAGUGUUUCAGCGAUACGAAAACUGCAUCGCUGGUUAUGCCUGUGCACCGCAGUUUUUCCGACUCGUGCCGAACUACUCGUGAGCAAGAAGAUCACGUUGAUUGUGAGCUUCAACGUACAAGUGCGUACCAUAGUGGAUGUUGUAUCUUCUCAUUUCUAGAAUGAACUAGAGUAAGAGUAUGAUGCUUUGACUUGGCCGCUUGGGGCUGCAAAUGAGGUUCAUCCAGUUCCCCUAUUUGCUAAUUUCCCUUAUCUUAAGACGAGCCCCUCGUACUACAGUUUCAUUGCGCCGCUCCUUUUGGUAGAAAGAGGAGAAGAAGCACAGUACAACUCCCUACGGCUGUCUACCCACAUUUCUCGCAAGAGAGCUGAGGC